CUAAGUCCUGCAGGUCGUGAUAUUUAAGGAUAGGCCACAACUAAAACGCACGUGGGGCUAUUAUUCCCAUUGCCUUGGCAAAAUAGCCAAAAUAGCUUUUAAGUUGAAGAAACCCUCAAGGAUAAGCGAUCGAGUGUCUUAGAGCGCCUCGGUGUGUCGACCUUAGCUGGGAUCUGACACAGCGCUAUUUUGACUUCUAAGCUAAAUUUGGAAGCAACCCUGUAGGUAUAAGAAACUGUACAGUGCAACUGUAAUUUACAUUAAACGGAAAGCGCCACGUAUAUUUUCGCUGUCGUCGAAUCCACCCAGUUAAUGCACUGUUGGAAUAUUAUCGGACUUGUGUUUGACUUGGGUGGAAUUCCGAACCAUAGGAGCGCUGUCCGGAUCGUUUUAAUGGAUGUCACCGGCCUGGUGUCAUAUCGGUCCUAUUUUAUAUCCAUUGUCGCCAAACGCACAUGCAUCUAUUUGAACUAAGAGACUGACACCGUACCGACAAAGAAGGUGGUUGCUUUACUUAAUGAACAAAUAUCAUUUGCAUUUUCACAUUUUGGAGUAAGCAUACUCGUUGCCACUUCAUCUGCAGUGCGCUGUGGAGGAGUACUUUUUUCUGUUCAGCUCUGUUAUUGAACACGCCUUAUCGGGAGACAUAGACUAAUCGGUGCUACAUGUACACUGAAGUCAGUUCACCUUCAGUGCUGUUUCUAUAUUGCCGUAAGUUGCAUGACAGUUCUGUUAGCGGAUUGUGAGUGGUAUUCUGCGCCGUCGUUUAAACGAGUAACUGCGGAAGGUCACCACUGAGCUACAGUGACAUAGCAGCUGGGUAGCUGUUCUACGGGCGUAUUACUGUGAAAAGAGUGAAGUGUAAUUGGCUUCCCUCACGUGGACGGCACGAGAUGACAGCCAGAUUCUGAAACUAUUAACUCUGGAUUAACCGAGACCUUCAGAGACGUGAUUCAAAUCCCCUUUUCUCCGCGAGAAUCCUUGAAAAUAUUGACAUUCUAUUUUAGAAAGGUUAGGCGGUGUGGAGACACGGUAGCAAGACAACACACAUACUUCAGCUUUUUGCAAGGACAAUAAAUCUCAUAUGAGACUAUAUAGGCAAAUGUGUAUUUGUCUAGUGUCUUUGUCUAUGAUGGUCUAGCUUCGGAGACGCUGUAAACGACAUGGGCGACGUUGUCAUCUGUAUUCACGUGCGCUUUGAUUUCAGAGGCUAAGAGUCACACAACAGGCACAAGCUACAUGAAUAAAGAACAGAAUAAAGACGGCUUCGAUUUCUAAUGUUGCAGGUAUUUAAUGUGACGCGCUAAAAGAGGAAUGAGACAAAGACUCAUUCAAUGUUGCCCUCAAAAACAGUUUUUCCCCGAUUUCAAAUAGAUGAAAAGUAAACCGCUGAAUGUGAUCCAAUUUAGAUGAACGGUUUCAACGUUGACAAGCGGAAACGAAUGACAGACGGAUCUUAAGGUGGUUGGCUACGGACUUCAAAUAGAACCAAAGUGAUCGUAAUAUGCAAUAACGUUACUGAGAUUCACGUGAAAAAGAACCACGUGUGAGAACCUGACGCUGGUAAUUGUUGCAGUUUGCAAAAAAAGCAGUCAAACAGAAGCAAACCGCAGAUCUUCGUCAAAACAAGGUCGAGGACUGUAAACAGAUACAGACCACACAUUUCUAUUGCCAUCCCUUGGGUAUUGUUGAAGAAUUAUAGCCAACAACGCUUAACGUGUUAUUAUUGAAAAGAGAAUGCCAACCCAAGGUAGUUUAUGUCCACGGAACUAUUAAGGCACCCGCAAUGGGAGUGUUUACAGUUUACUACAAGGAGAAAAGGCAACCGGCAAAAUUAAUUUGCCAUUGCCUGUUUAAAUUAUUAAAUCGCUAAUGAUUUCCUGUAACACGAGAGACAAGUACAAACACUUAGAGAAGAAAAGAAAACAAUUUGAACUGACUAUGGGACAUAUGUGUGCAAAAAAUUGUACUUUGAACAAUAACUACGGAUUUCGAAGCCAAUGACAAUAUAAGUUGACUUUUCACAGCUUGCAUGACACCCCUCAUGCUAUCAUUGGUCACCGGUAUCCGCUGCUUCCACCACAGUAAACAAAAAGAAGCGCUGCCAUUUUGUUUUAAUAUAACGUGACUAAAUGUGGUCUAAGCAGUAAUAAAACGCGCUGCAGGGCUGCCUCGUUUCUGGUGACAUAAAAAGAAACAUCAGGCAAUUUCCAACGAGUUUUAUUCAUCGAAUCAAUGCAGAACUGUCACUUCGAUGAAAGGUGAUGUGUUAACCUGUAAGCCGUUGGUGACAGGUAACAUAGAUGAAUGAAACUGUGAACUACCAGCUCUUUCACUUCGUCUUGUUUUGUGCUUUUGUUACUUCAAGCAGGCGAAGGAGUGAAACCUUGCGUUACAGCAAUAAGUAUGCCUUCAUGGUAAGAAAACAACUGGAGAUAUAUGCUAAUGAUUCAGAGAAUAACAUCAAAUUAGCAUUUUAAGAAAGAGAAAAAAUGAUGGAAGAUGCAAAGGUAAUAUAUGGUGUGGAUUUCGAUGGAUUCCUGUAGCUGAAAAACAAAAACCAGAUACAGCAGGUAACCUAUCCAAUACAAAACAAGAGACUAGCCUGAAAACGUCCAGUUAAUCGUAUUUCAAUUGCACAUAUCCCUGCAGCUGUACAGCCACCUCCAACAUUCAUCAUAAUUAUUCCUCGCAGCGAGGUGAAAUUAAGUCCUAAACUCGCCUAAAACAACGCCUAGUCUUCACUUGCUGCGUUCCCCCACAGGACGUUAAAUGAUUAGUAAUACGCAAGCGGGGGACACGAUUUUAAUACCAAAUGCAUUCAAUCAUAUCCGUCACUGGAUAUGUCAGUCGUUAACUGGCAGCCCAAGGAGUGGGAACAUUUACGCUCUUGGUGACUUGACUCAGCGAAUUAAAAAAUUCUUUCUCGGAUUCUAAAAUCGCUUCGAAUUCAGCGUUUGGCAUUUGUGUGAACAGCUCUACGUAGUUUGCGAUUCUUUCUCAUCUCUCAUCGUACGGGUUGGAACCAAACGCAAGAAAUCUCGCGGGAUUGAAAACCAAGGUUUCAUUGCAGGCUUGUGAGCUAGAUUAUAACUAGUUUGUCUCUUGGGUAUAACCCGUUGAACAUAUUGCCUUCAGUGGGAGUCGAUACAUACAUUAUCUUACUUAGGUUACCCAUAUUACGUAAAAUCACGCCACUGCUUGUCACACCACGGGUUACUGUAUGGUGCAUCACUGGUACAAAAACUGAAGAAGCUUGAACGGUUUUGGUCCACUCUACAACAAAGGACGGAUAAAUAGAUUCUGGGAAGCAUCACCAGCCUGAACACAAUGGACACGUCGCCUUCAUUUUCGGAAUUUCUCAGCGAUUCCGUCAUCGCUAACAACACCGUUCCAUCCCCUUUUCAAAUGUUCAGCAACUCGUCCGCGAGUCAUUCUUAUGGCGUAAGUGGCCAUCUGACCAGGAUGGAGAAAGUGGACUACUUCGACAAUGGUCAGUUGCAGGACAACUGCACGGGGUCGUUGCAUGACCACGGUCUCUGUGACCAGGUGGAGGACAAAACCAUGGGAGCGGCCGACGUUUUUCUAAUCAUAGUUCUAUCCUCUAUGAUCUUAGUCACUCUUAUUGGGAACGCUUUAGUCCUUCUCUCCGUCCUCCUAAUACGAAAGAUGCGGACGCCGGCCCAUGGGUUAAUCGCCUCGUUGGCCACUGCGGACUUCCUAGUGGCGGUUCUGGUCAUGCCCAUCAGCUUGUUUCGGGAAAUCACCAAGACAUGGUCCCUGGGACAAACAGUUUGUGAUAUGUGGAUAACGUUUGAUAUCUUCCUAUGCACGGCUAGCAUGUGGAAUGUGUGUAUCAUAGGCCUGGACAGAUACUGGAAGAUAACUAAAGAUACGCAUUACACCAACGGUCGGCUUUUUCUCCCGCACGCAGAUUUGUAUAUAAUGGUGGUGAUAGCCUGGGUGAUGGCGGCGGUCAUUUCUACCGCCCCUCUUCUCGGAUGGGUAGUCGGUUUCGAGAAAAGUAACCCCACGGUUUGUAUGAUCAGCCAGGACUAUUCGUACACGAUAUUUUCAACGUUUGGGGCGUUCUAUAUUCCUGGCAUUGCCAUUAUUGUUAUCUACGUGAGAAUUUAUAAAUUCGCCAUUCAGCGACUUAAGAAAAGAGCAAAAACAAGCGGCCGGUCGACAGGAGGGCUGGUUGGAGAUAGCCUGCGUUCCAACCCCGAUGGGGACCCCGCCGAAAUCGAACCUGCACUAGCCAUAGUUGUCGACCCCGCCCCCUGCGUGGCAUGUAGCCCCUGCAAAGUCACGCGCACCAAAAGUUCGAGUUCUAGCACCGGAAGUCGGUACCGGGAAAGACCAGAGCGGCUACGCAGGUCGACCAUCAUGUUGGGAGUUAUCAUAGGUUGUUUUGAAAUCUGUUGGCUCCCGUUUUUUCUAGUGGCAACAAUAACGCCAUUUUGCAAAGAAUGCCAUGUACCUUACACACUUCGCAGCGUGGUCCUGUGGUUAGGGUACUUCAAUUCGCUUUGCAAUCCUAUAAUAUACGCGGUCUGGAAUAAAGAAUUCCGUAACGCCUUCAAACAACUAACAGAAUGCAACAUCUCGAACAAAAUGAAAGCCUACGAAACUACGUACAUAUCAGACAGAAAGAGAUCGCGCAGGCUCUCCUCUCUCCCGAGCAAUAGAUACCUGGGACCGCCAAGCUGUAGAAUGGAGAGAAGUUACGCAGGGUGUCGGCUAGAAGUUAGUAAUAUAAACUGUGGAGACUCCACUAAGGCCUCAAACGUACGGUUUAGUAAUAGCCUUCGAGCCGAAAUAUCGGCUAUACACUAAUUAGAGGUAGUUCAAACAGUAGGACAGUUAAAAGCAAUGGUGCUAUGACAAAGAGUUCCUUUUGGGCAUUUGUCAACGUAAUGACGCCAUUUCAACAUCGAGAUGUGCGCGUUGGGAUACUAAAGUGUGUGGCAGACGCUGUACGCACUACCACUUAUGAGCGUUAUGAGAGUUUCUAGUUCUGAGUAUUUACAUUCAUAAAUUUCAUAUUAUAUAGAACAUAUCCCCAUUGUAUACAUCUGUUAUUAUAUUGUUAUUAAGACGUUAGACAACAGAUAUGCAUUUGAGUAGGCCCCUUUUUAUGUUGAAACGAAUACGAUAUUGAUUGAGGUAUGAAUAAUUAAUACACCAAUGUUAACAUAGAUGGUUAUCAUUUUAUUGAAUCAGAGAUAGGAUAAGUUCUGAAAUGGAGUUGGAAUUAAGCAUAUUGAUGUUAACGAAAUUUUGAUGACACGUUCCGAAAUUGCAGUGUGUGGUGAGAGUCGAUUUUGAACUGUAAUGUAUAACAACAUAACUGUGUGGGCGUCCUAAUUGCGGUGUAAUACCGUUCCCUUUUAUACUGAAAUGAUUAAUCUACAACACAGACAAAAUUGAUGAUGGAACGCGUCACCAGACGACUAAUUGCAUUGACGUGUCCUUUUGGGGCCUAUGGGAACGCCUCACCCUUCCCCACCACCUCCGCCUAUUUAUAAGGUUCUCCCUUCUUCUUCCCAGAAAAAACAGCAAAACACGCGAAACAAGAUUAACCCCAAACAAUUUUGUCUUCAUUAACCUCAAACAAUUUGCCUUCACUUUA